UUCAAAUUACAAUGUUUCCAUCAAUUGGUAUUGCAAAAAAGAAAAAUCCAGCCGAAAAAGAAUGUAGUCUUCGUGUGAUUGAUUUCAAGCUUUUUCCCUCCACUUCAAGAAAUUAUCCCCGUUUUGAUUUUGAACAAGUUUGUCGAGAAUUGAAUUUUGAUUCCAAACAAACAGAUGUUAAUAAUUGUGAUGGAUUUCAUGACAGGGAUGCUGAGGAAAUUGUUCGACGCCUUGAAGCAAAAUAUGGCACUGGAACGCUCAACUUUUCAUCUCCAACUACUGGAUCUAAGAAACUAAAGAAGAAUAAAAAACCUCUUAAAUUUGUGCCAGAAGAUGUGAUGGACAAAGGACUUGGAUAUGUGCAAGAAGAUGAUUUUAUUGACGAUACUGAAGCGUACGAUGAAUGGGUACCAACAACAAUGGAUACAUUAAAACAUGGACAUUAUGUAAAUAAAGGCCCAUUGGAAUUUCGACAACUUGACAUUGAAACUUCCACUUCAGAGUCAACUUCUAGUGAAUCAGAAAGUAGUUCGUCCUCAGAUGAUGAUGAUAUUGAAAUAUGUGAACGAACAAAUGGAGAACUCCAAAAAACUGAUUCAAAAGAAAAACAUUCCAAUUCAACGUGUGAUAAAGAAAAAGAAAUUUCUACAAAUAGACAAUUAGAAAAUGUUGCCAAUAAUUCUACUUUGGAUAAACUGAAGGAGAAGGAAGAUUCGACUACAAUCCUCAUGUUUAAUGAUGAUGACUUUCCUGUUUUGGCGAGUUCAAUGGGGCAUGGCAGUCAACAACCACAGAAGAGUACCUCAUUGGUGAAUGACGACUUGAAAGAAAAAAGGCCAAAUGUGACGGAAAUUGCCCCUGAGAAUGUAGGAAUACGAACACAUCCUGAUGGACGCGUUACGAACAUUCCGCCAGGGAUGCUCAAUGACCAAUUUGGUAUGGCUGGAUUGCUUACAUUUUUAAGAACAAUUGAAAGCUCGCCAUCAAUAGUUGGACUCGCCCUAGGUCAUGACUUGACAAAUUUGGGGUUAAAUCUAAACUCAUCAAAAAGGAAUUUAUUUCAAACAUUUGGUGGUCCAUGGGCGGACUUUCCUUGUAGAAUUCAGGACUUGGAUGCAAAAGUACCAGAAGAAUAUUUGACAAAUGCUACAAUUAGGGAUAAAUUACCAAAUAUUAAAUUAAAUAAACUUCAUGAGGAUGUUCUUUUCUACCUCUUUUAUAACUGCCCUGGCGAAGUUUAUCAAGUUGCUGCUGCUUCUGAAUUAUAUGCGCGUGACUGGCGGUUUCACAAAAUUGAACGUUUUUGGCUACAAAGGGCAGCAUUUUCAGCUCCACCACGUGAAAUUGGUGGAACAUAUGAAAGAUGUCAAUAUAAUGCUUUUGAUCCAAUACAAUGGAGAAGGGUAUAAUUUUA